UCGUUAUCAUCAUGAACUAUUUGUGUUUCUAUGACAAUUAUGGCACUUUUUCUUUUCAAGUCUCAAUUUUUUUAUUUUUGCUGAUUGGAUCUGAUUACAAACAAAGAAUGAAAAUUUGGAAUUUUGCUCAUUUCAUGAUGGUCAACCAGUGGACAGUACCAACAUUAGCAUUUGGUGCCAAUUUUUUACUCUUUUAAAAAUGAUGUUGAUGACGUUGUUAUUUACCAAUGAUUUGAUUUAAAAUUUUAAAACAAAAAUUAAAAUUCAAUAUAUCGACAAUGAAAUUGUGUUUAAUUCUAUGGUCAUUGUUAAGUUUGUGGCCAGUUUUUAGUGAAAGUUUUCAUCGAUAUUCAUUAUCAUUAGAAAGGCCAAAAAGGCAAGAAGAUGCUGAAACGGUUGGUGAACUAGAAGCUGAUUCAAUGGUAGGACAACCAUGUGAUUUCGGUACCGGAUCAUUUAUCAAUCCAUGUCAAUGGAUAGUACCGAAUGACAGUCAUCCAAUGUUUCGUUGGCGUAUUGCUCAAGGAUCACAACAAUUUUGGCUUGGUGGUCCAGGAAAAGAUCAUACAUUACUUGAUACAAGCGGUGGUUAUGCUUAUUUCGAAACUUCUUAUCAACAACAAAUGAAUAAUGAUAAAUUUCUAUCCACAAUCGGUCAUGAUCAACGACAAUCGAAUCAUUCAAUUAUUAGCGCUAGUGGUGGUUUAUUAAGUUAUUCAUCGAAAAAAUCAAAAAAUGAUGAAGUUAUCCGUCCGUUGAUUAGUCAAUUUCCAUUGUUUCAAUUAAGUAAACCUGAAUCGAAAAGACCAAUACAUGUACCCGAUUAUGGGUUGUUUGAAAGUUUGAAUAUAAGCGAAACAGGACCAAUAGGUUUAUGUAUGACAUUCUUCUAUAGUAUCGAUGGUCUUAGUUCCGAUAGUCUUCAAGUGAUUCUUUCGGAUUCGAAAACAAAAUAUAAUAAAACGUUAUUGCAAUUUAACGAUAUAACCGAUGGUGAAUGGAGAAAAUCCGAAGUUCUUUACACUUAUGCUGAUCUUCAUCAGAUAAUUUUUCGAGCCAAUGAAAAACUAAAUGAUCCGGAUCGAUUAUUUCGUGGUUAUAUUGCCAUCGAUGAUCCAGAAUUUAAACAAUUAGAUCCAAAAAAAAUGAAAAAAGAAGAAGAAUCCUGUAAAGGCCAUUGUACAUUUGAAGCUAGUCUUUGUUCAUGGACAAAUCAAGAUGAAGAUGAUGAUUUUGAUUGGAAUAUUGGCCGUGGUUCACAGAAUCUUUUCACUGGUCCAUCUAGAGAUUUUUCCAGUUUUGAUAAUAAUGAAAUUUCCGGUGGUUAUGUUUAUAUUGAUUCGAAUUAUCCACGUAGACCGGGUGACCGAGCUUCGUUGCUAAGUCCAAUAAUGAAUCCAACAAAUGACAAUAUGCCAUUGUGUCUUAAAUUUGCCAUACACAUGUAUGGUAAUGGUAUUGGUACAUUAAGAGUUUUGAUUCGUUAUACUAGUGCAAGUGAAGAACAAACAAUACCCGAUCAGCUUCUAUGGGAAAUGACCGGUGAAUCGGGCAAUAGCUGGCACAUUGCUCAAGUACCAAUAUCAUCACCAGUAUUGUCUUAUCAGAUUGUUUUUGAAGGUGAAAUUGGAUCAAAUAAUCUUGGCAUUAUUGCAUUAGAUAAUAUUGCAUUCAAUGAAGAUGAAUGUCCAGUAUUACCACAGACAGCAUCAAAAGGCAAUGGUGAUUGUACAUUCGAUGAAAAUAUGUGUUUAUGGAGUAAUCCAAAUCAAUAUAAUAAAGUGGAUGAUUUUGAUUGGUUACGACAAUUUAGUCUUGGCCAAACAGAACCACGUUAUGAUCAUACUAAACGUACGACUGAUGGAUAUUUUAUCAAUCUAAAUGGUGAUCAACCUCAUCGUGGUGGUACAAGAGCAUGGCUCCAUAGUCCAGAAUUUAUUCCACAAUCAACCGUACCUAAAUGCAUGACAUUUUAUUAUUACAUGUUUGAACGUACAAUCGAUUCAGCUGGACCAAGUUUAGGUUCAUUACGAAUCUAUGUAAAAACAAUGACCGAUAUGGGCGAAGAAAUGGGUCUAAUUUGGCGCCUAAACAAUCACCAAGGACAACGAUGGAGAAAGGCUAAAGUACCGAUAUUGAUCGGUCAAGAUAGACAACCACCAUUGCAGAAUUAUCAGAUUAUAAUCGAAGGAAUAUGGGGUGAUGGCAGAGUUGGUGCUAUAGCUGUAGAUGAUAUUAGUUUCUAUAAUGGCAAUUGUAGUAUUUUUCCACCAAAAGCAGCAGCUGUUUAUGGUGAAUGUGCUUUCGAUCGUGACCUAUGUGGCUAUCGUAAUCAAUCGGGUAAAGCACCAACAACAACAGCCAUACCAGGAAAAGCGGCAUUAGAAAGGAAUAAAAAUCCUAAUCGUUUAUCGGUUUCAAAAGAUUCUAUCACUUGGAAAUUGGCAACAUCAACAAAUCGACCGGCUAAUCUACAAGAUCAUACGUUUAGAGCGCCUAUUGGUUACGCUUAUUUCGAUGUAUUCAAUCAAAAUCAGGUCCAAUAUCCGAUUCUUCGUUCGCCAGAAUUUCAGCCAAGAGAAGAAAUUCCACGUUGUGUAUCGUUUUGGUUUACACCGUUUGGAAGAGGUGAUUCAACUGUAUUAAGUGUUUAUGUUAUUACAAUGGAUCAAAAAGAUGCAGUCAAUGCACUAAACGAAGAUGAAGAAAAUGAAAAACCUAAACCCAGUACUAACAAUGUACAACCAGGUUUAGAAAUAAAAACACUUGUAUGGCGUAUAACGACCAGAAAAUUGGAUGCAAUUAAACCAGAAUGGAUUUAUGCACAAGUAUCCGUUACAUCUGAAUUCAUUUAUCGUAUACAAUUCGAAGGUGAAGCAAUGGAUGGUGGAUUUGCAUUAGAUGAUAUUACCUAUUAUGAUGGUGCAUGUCGAACUCGUCCAAUCGAAGCUGCUGUUGCACCACCACCGGAAACAAAUGAAGUUGAUCUAAGAGAAUAACAGAGAAUAUUCUAACCAAAAAAAAAAAAAAAAAAGAAUUCAUUUCCUGUUUUUUUUAGCGUGUGUUACUU